AAGUCUCCGACCAACCGAACAUCAAAUCGAAUGGGAGUUACGUUGGCGUAAAAGUAUGCCUUAAAAACUACAAAUAAUCCUUUAAGGGAAAUCAAAAUAGGAUAACAGAGCUGUUUGUACAGUUUUGAGUAUUUUGCUAAUCCCCGCACGAUGCAAAUUUUUCGAGCUUCGCAAAUUGUCUAAAUGAGCUGCGAUCCUAAUUUGUAUUAGUACGCUCACUGUUUACCGCAGGUUGUGCAAGUGGUUGCUAAAAUACAUAUUUGCUUAGCUAACCCACCAAGCAUGCUGUUUUUGAAUAUGCAUAACGUCUCGCUCAUUUAAGACUAUAGUUAAAAUUAAAUCGCUUACAUUUUUAUAGUAAGUAUACGUGUACUUUUAUGCCCUUGAACAAUUUACUCAGAAAAUAUUAACUUGUCCGUCGUUUGCAGUUUGCACAUUAUUGAAGAAAUCUCACAAAUGAAAUUAUCAUCUUCACUAAGGAUAAAUUUCACCAUACAAAUUCACAAUAAUGAGUACUAAACGAAAUAGCGUGCUAAACCUGUCAUCACCGUUUUUCGCGUUAAAACAUGUCAUCGUGUUUUUGUCAUUAAUAAUUUUAAACGUAUGGUUUUAUCGAAUAUUAGUGGAUUUUCAUAAGACGCAGGAGGAUGACAGGACCGAAAGACAUGUGACUAUGUUGGAUAUUCCUAAUAUUACGACAACAUUAGCUCCAUGCCUUUUACGAGACUUAGAAAUAUUGGAGUCCAUGGGAUCUCGGGAUGCCAGACUCAUGUUAAGUCCACCCGUUCAAGUCUUACUUUCACCAAGAACAAAUGGGACCGAUUUCAAGCCACUAAUCGUCAUUAUGAUCACAAGCAUGGCAGAAUCCAUUUUACAACGGCAAGAAGUAAGGAGAACUUGGAUGCAAUGGACGAAGCGAUUUCGUGUUCAAGCUCUAUUUUUCCUUGGCUUAGAUGAAGAUGCGCCAAAUUUCCAGGACAUUUAUUCCGAUUUGGUGCAUGAACAGCAAGUUUAUGGAGACCUCGUAGUCAUCAAGUUUCAAGAAGGUUACUAUCGACUUACUGCAAAGACGCUCCGAAUGCUGGAAUGGUUCCUCCAGUUUUACAAGGGCACAGAAGAUAGACCCAAAUUUCUCGUAAAGACGGACCACGAUGUUUUUGUAAACGUGCCGAAUCUACUUCGCCACAUGUACUCCUCCGAAACGUGGACAUCAAUGCGACAAAAUGGGUAUUAUUUUGGGGGACACAUUAUAAAAAAGGCAGGAGUAAACCUAAAUGCGACCACGAAAUGGUUCGUUUCGCCAGACUACUGGUAUCCCGCCCGGAAAUUCUAUCCUCACUUUUUGUCCGGACCAUUCUAUAUUAUGAGUAGUAACAUACUGGAAAAGUUGUUCAAUGGCUCCUUCACUGUGCCACUUUAUCCAUUCGAAGAUGUAUACUUGACUGGAAUGCUACGUCAAAAGGUCAACCUUAAGUUGACUCAGGUCGACAACUUACAGUUACUCUCUGUUCCAAACAUGGAGGAAUUGAGAAAUAUGAUUGCUGGACAUUCUAUAUUCUCAUUAACGUCAUUUCAACAAUAUUGGGUGCAUUUUACACAUUGACGAUCAGGAACAAUGAAGCAUUUAUAAUAUGUACAUAGUUCGCAAAAUGUUAAUACAAUAAGUAUGUACCACAGAGUGGCAAUAAUAUAAAAUUGCCUGUAUGGUCUGCUUUUUGAUAUCUUCUCUGCCCUAAGUCAGCCUUUUCUGUACCGUAACAACAAGCCAUAAACUUACCUAUACAUUACACCAAAGUAUUCAUAUAUCCGCAUGGAAUGUGUUAUAAUAAAUCUUCCAUCAUUAGGAUAAUAUACAAUUCA